AUGCCGCGACAAGCUACAGAUUCCGCGGAGAUCGCGGUGGCUGUUGAUGCCGUUCAAAGUAGAUCCAUGUCAUUGCGGAAAGCCUCCCGCAAGUUUAAUAUUCCACGAUCUACAUUGCAACGUCGAGUGCAGCAGCAUGCAUCACUUACCUCGUGGUUUAAGGCAUCUGAGACUAACACGGAUGUUCAGGAUUCCAUUGCUGACACUAAUGACCAGAGUGACAUGACAAGAGAAAAAUCAUCUGAGUCCUCUAAAUUAAAAGAUCAAGUGGCUCCUGCAAUAGGUGUUAAGCGACAGAUGGAAACUUUAAGCCAAGGACCAAGAAGAGCAAUUAAUUGUAAGGUACGAAUGCUGUGCACUGCGGCCGGAAGCGCGCUGGAUGAGCUCAGCAACAAGAUGAUUAGGGAGGGCAAGUGCAUCUACAAGCUCGGACUUGGUCAGUCGCCGUUUCCAAUCCCACAGUGUAUUGUUGAUGAAUUGCGGGCCAACUCUCAUCAAAGAGAUUAUUUGCCUGUGGCGGGGCUCCCAGAGCUCUGUGGCGACAUUGCAGCAUGGGGAUCGCAUCGGUUGCAUAUUGAAUAUUCUCAGGAUGACGUGUUGGUGGGGCCAGGCACCAAAGAGCUAUUAUUUGUGCUACAGAUGGUGUACUAUGGCGAUCUCCUGCUUCCUAACCCAAGCUGUACCAGUUUCGCACCACAAGCUGCCAUUGCUGGAAGAAAUAUGAUGUGGCUACCAACUCAUCCAGAGGAUCACUUUGUGCUUCGCCCAGAGGUUUUGGAAGCGCAUUGCUCUAAAGACCCUGGUGCUCCUCGAAUUCUUAUUUUAAACAAUCCGUCCAAUCCGACCGGUUGCGCUUAUCAGGCCGAUGAGUUGGAAACGCUCGCAAAAAUUGCGAGAAAAUAUCGAAUUCUUGUCGUGUCGGAUGAAAUAUACUCCGAGCUGCACCAUUCCGACACGCAUUUGUCUUUAUCGAAGUACUACCCGGAAGGAACCAUUGUUUCAGGAGGACUUAGCAAAUGGUGCGGAGCUGGUGGCUGGCGCAUGGGGUUUUGGUUGUUUCCCCCGAAAAUGGGCUGGUUACGGAGAAGCAUGCUUGUCAUGGCAUCCGAAACAUAUACUUCUGUGGCUUCGCCGAUUCAAUACGCCGCUCGAAGAGCGUUCAAACCCGACUGUCUGGAACUUGCAUCGUACAAGCGUAAGUGUCAGAAGACACUGCAGAUCAUAUGUCGCUGGUUUGCAUACCAGUUGCAGAAGAUGGAUGUUGAGGUUCAAGUUCCUGAAGCUGGUUUUUACUUAUUCCCAUGCUUCAGAAGGCACCGCAAAGCCUUAGCUGUAAGAGGCAUUUUUACGGAUGAGGAGCUGUGCGCACAAUUGUUACAAGAUACAGGAGUGGCAAUCUUGCCGGGAUCUGCUUUCGGUCGUGCUCGAGACGAGCUUUUUGCGCGACUAGCAUGUGUGGACUUCAAGGGUGAUAUUGCGCUCUAUCUGAUCGAAAGCAUGCAAGAUGACCCGUCAUUGGAGUCUAUCGAAAGCUUCAUUCAGUCGGUUUGCCCGAAUCUUGAUAUAGCCAUGCGCAAAGUGGCAGUCUGGAUAACGGUGGCUCGUUCGCCUAUCGUACAUAAUGGCCAGCACCUUUAG